UUUUGGGGGAAUGCACCGCAAAGUGCAUUCGUGUCUGCCAGCAGUCGGCCAUUGACGAAAAAUUGAGAGCAAAAAAGCAGAAAAAAGAAGCGAUUUUGUCGUGUCUUUUCUUGUGGUGUCCCCGUCGUCGUCGUCGUCGCAUAUCAUCGCGAUGUUGUUAUUGUUCUCACUCUUUCACUCUCACUCUCAACUCCCGUUCGUUCGCACACAACGCUACCGCGGCUGCAUCGUUCGUACGCAUGGGUUAGUAGUAGGCCACAAUCACUCUCGCCUGCGAUUUGGGGGGUAAAGAAGACGCGACCUUGAAUGUGAUUGUUGGGCGAAAAAAAUGUGAAUUAAAGUUAAAGCGUAACAACGUGUACCAGGAGAGUCCUCGUGCAACAUGUUUCAAAAUCACUACGAGAAGCCCUCCAUGUUUACCGGGACCGACAUGGCCUUUCCUGGUGUUGGUGGUGGGACAUUCUACAAAACUACAGCCAACAAUAUCAGCAACAACAAUAGUUGGCAUUAUACCGACGGCGCUGUGGUCGCUACCAUCGUUCCACAAGAUGGCCUCCCGAUGGAUUCAUGCUCCAAAGAUCUGCUGCUAGUCAAUGCUAAUGAUACCUCGUACCAACAAUACGCAACAGCACAGGAAACGAUCGAGACACAGGCCAUGGAACAAGAUGCUGUCCAGGAGGACACAGAAACACCCAAACCACCAACUGUGGUCACGUCACCUGCCGUCGUUCCGUCACGACCCAUGAAUGCGUUCCUGAUAUUCUGCAAGAAGCAUCGCCGGAUUGUAAGCGAACACUUUCCGAAGAAGGAGAACCGAUAUCACACGAAGGUGCUGGGAGAAUGGUGGAAGCAGCUGAGCAAGGAGGAAAAGGAACCUUAUGAAUCCCUGGCCCGUGAGCACAAGGCCGAGCUCUAUGAGGCCGGAUAUCGUUGGUCCAGACAAGGAUUGGAGGUAGUAGUUCCGUCAUCGGAUGCACAAAUGAACCCAGUACAAACCAAUGGUGUUGAUGAGACAACACCGGAGAUACGCGUACCUGAGGAAAGCAACGAUACGGAUGACGGAAACAUGGAAGCGGCUAGAUCGCUACUCGCCCUGUACAACAGCAACAACCAAGAGGAAGAAAUACCAGCACAACCGAUGACAGAGUUCAAGCUGGCCGACGAAACACAGAUGGGGGCCUUGAGCACCUUGCUCACGAUGGGCAGUGGGAUCAGCGCCCAACAACAGCCGGUCACCGACGGCGCUGCCAAUCUGGCGAAAGGACAAACCAAGCAAAUCGUUGAUAACCCCUGUGAUAUGGCAAGCGAUCUGGUGGAACCGUAUCAAAACAUGCGGCAACAUUAUCUCUCCCAGACCACCCGAUCGGAUCCGUCAUUGGCCAAUGGUGGACAAUCGAACGGAGUGGUCUACAGUCGUGCACCGCGCAAAGUAAAGGGUAAACUUUAUGAACAGUACAAACAAUCGCAGCAGCUACAGGCAAUGCAAGCACGUAGACCGUCGCGAUCACCACCGUCGUCGACCGUUACUACUGCGGAAAUCACACCAAACUUUUCCACGCAGACCUUUGUUGCACCGAAAAGUCCCACUAAGAUUCCACAAGCCUCUGGUGGCGUAACUCGCCGCGAAACAGUACCCACUGCUUACGAGAUAGCCCGGUAUGGGCGUGCGGUGCAGGAGUUGGACCAAAAAAUUAAGGAUCUGCUCCCGAAACGGUUGGAAGAUUAUCUUGCUAAGAAGGUUGUCAGCAAGCGAAACCGACUCCGUCACGGUUCGACAAAUGAGAAGAAACCGAGGGCAACGUUCCUGCAGCGAAGCAACCAUCAAUCGGCACUGUCAGCUCCGGUCGAAGUGACCGCCAUACCAUCCUUUGCCGCCAUCGAGCCUGUCGACUUUGGCGAACCGCCAAAGAUUAGCGGUUGUCGCAAGCGGAAGGGGCUAAAGGAACACAUCGUCCGUAUCAACAGUAUUCAGUAGAGUGUAUUUGUGCUGUGGUGCUGCCCGGCGCAUCUACACGCUCUAGGGGAGUGCUGCAGUAAACCGUCGCAACAGAGUGCGCCUAUGUGAGCCGCGAUACCGUAAUCAUAGGUUUAAGUACCGUAGGUUUUUACUUUAUUUUAUUUAUUUUGUUUUUUUUUGUUUUUCUGAGAACCGAAUAUCCUUUUCGGUCUCCUUUGUUCCUCUACCCUGCACUGAUUCUGUUCUUUACGAUAGACGCCAGUAAGUUAAUUUAUGUUUUGUUUUGUUUUGUUUUUUCGAUUAUAAAACGUUAAAUAUUCUUGAAAGCAGCGAAAGACUUGGUAAACUAUUGUGGCUGUUUGAAUCAGGUGUUGCAGUCUAUUCUCGCAAUGGUCACUGUUUGUGAUUCGGCAGAUAGUAGUGUUAGGCGUUUAGUAUUUAGUCGAUUUGCUUUUUGUACUGUUUUAAUUGUGUUUUACUUUGAUUACGUUGAGACGAGAAAGGGAGGAAGAGAGAUAUACAGAGAGGGAGAAAGAAAGAGAGAGAGAAAGGGAGAGAUAAAGAGAGAACAGAAGGCGAAUUCAACAGUCCUAGUCCAAGUGUUCUCGAGUCAUUUUCACCGUAAAAGAAUACCUCGAGUAGCUGUGCUGUGUUGCUAAGUUCGUUUGUGCUUGCUUUGAUUUAUGAUUUGCUUUAGUUUGUCUUUUUACGGGUAAUUUGCAGUCCAUACAGUGCGCCACUGCAUCGAUAGGAAUUCCUUCCAUGUGCCGUAAGAGAAAGCAUCGCUUAUUCCGGUAUAGCUUAUUUAACGCUAGCUACUAUCUGCUUCUGUUUCUACUGCACUUCGCUAUACGUAAUUUCUAUUCACUAUCAUAUAUUAAAUUUGUCUUUUCCUUCUUGUAAAAUCGAGAAAAAAUACGCGACGGAGGAGAACAUUUGCGUACAGUGACCGUAAGAAAUUUUUUGUAACUUUAAUUUUUGUCCUCUUCCGUUUAUUGUGCGUGCACUCCAAUACAUCACUCUCUAGCAACUUGCCCGGUUUAUACUUUUCAAUUAAUCUACGGCAAUUAUUAAUGGUUUUGCUUUUAAUUUACUUCUGCGAAGCCAACUCCCAAAGAACGAUGAACUCUUCUCUUUCUUUCCUAUUUAGCAUUAUCGCAUGGAAUCGUUAGUAAUACGGUACGAUCCGUGCAAAGUAGGAUGGCAAGUUUUUGAAUAAUGACAAGUAAAUCUUAUUGAACGUUUUCUCAGCGCAAAAAGUAGUAUUGUUUUCCUAGAAUAUACAUUUGACAAACAAACAAACAAACAGAAAAAAAACGAGCGAAGAAAGUCUCUGUGGGCUUUGUAAAUGUGUCACUAGUGCCUCGAAGGGAACAGAGAAAGUGAUUGAUUUUGUAGCGAAUUAGGAAUCUGUCGGGCCAGCAGCCGCCCACUGGUAGAGGCUGCGGUGCGCGGUAUAAGCAGGAGAAGAAUGUGGACCAAGUUGAAUUGAUGAACAUGGAAUCUAAAACCAAUCAAAUAUAUCCCAGGCAGGCACGUGGUUUCGAACAUUUUAUAGCGAUAAAUGAGAUGCUUUGGCCCUGAUAAGUCGAAGCCCUUUUUUCAUUCCCUUUUUUUUAUUUCUAUCAACAUUGUCGCCGAUGAAUGAAGAAUAAAAUUUAUAUUUGGCUAAU